AUGACUUCUAUCGUCACGUUUGCAACCGCCACACCACAGCCAACUUCCAAAAUCACAUUUCAAAAAUCGAAAAAGCUAUCGAAAAAGCCAGAUGGAACACUCAUCAGUAUGGAAAUAUUACGGUAUGUUCCUUUUUUGAAUUCAAAAAUUUGAAAUUUCAAUUCAGAAGCUUCAUCUCGACGGUCACGAGAAAAUAUUUCGGAAAUUGCGAAGCAGAGAUCAAUUUGUGGGGAAAUUGUGAGUCAAUUUUCACUCUGAAAAUUUCAGAGCAUUAAAAAUUUCAGAUGCAAUCGAAAAACUUUGAAAUUCUUUCAAAAAUUGGUCGGAGAUCAGAGGGGAAGAUACAAUUGUAGGCAGAUUUUCGAAAAAGUUCGAAAAUUGGAGAAUACGGUAAGAAAGGGAGCAGAAAGCAGUUGGGGAGCUUUGUAGAUCAAAAUUUGGCGCUAAAACUUAGGUCUACUGUAGAGUCCACAACCAGACUACUGUAGGUCAAAAAUAAAGUGCAAAUCCGGCUCCAGAAUCACAGAUUUUAGUGUAGAUGAAAUUACUAAUUCCAAAAUUCCAGCUCAAAUCCGAAGCCUAUUUGCUCACAAAAAUCGCUCGUCAAACUCUCGUCUACGAUGAGAUCAGUUUCGUCGACAAAAUCGCUCGCGAUCUUUUCGCCAAAAUCAUCGCCGAAAUGCGCAAACUCAUCAAAUCCACCAAAUGGAUAACCAGCAAAAAAGUGACAAAACACUAUCUGAAAGCUCUAGAGGACAUAAAGCUCUUCACAUUUCACAAUUUCAAGCGACUAGCCGCAGAUAUCAUGGACAGUUUUGGAAAAUACAAAGAGGAAUGUUAUCAGAUGUUAUAUCGUGUCAAAGAUCAAGAAGCUCUUUGCAAAAUCUACGCAAUUCAUUAUGCAAAUGCGCCUUUGAAUCAAUCAAAAAUCGUGCUCGACACUUUCACAAAUUCCGAAAUCAUAGAAAUCCUAGCCUUCCCUCAAACAGUCUUCAAUGCUCAGGACAAAAAUAUUAUGCUCGGAAACUCGUUUCUCAUUCUUUCCAACUCGAAAUACGCAUCAAGUUUUGUAAGUAUAGAUUUAGGAUAACUAAAUAUUCAAAUAUGUUUUUUAGUACGGCUCCAUUGGCUAUACAUUGGCUCACGAAUUGAUGCAUACUUUUGUAUUUGAUGAACAUGACAAAAAGGCGAAAUUGUAUAAAUAUUGGAGUGAUGAUACCGAAUGUAUUCAGGCACAAUCGAGAAAAACUUGCAAGACUUUUAGAACUGCGGUGGGUUGAGAAAAGAGGAUCUAGAGUUCUUCUGGUGUAAUUGCGGAGCGACGUUUGAAUCACACAGAAUUUAACAAAGCAAAACAAAAAAGAACAAGAUCAACAUAAAAACUACGACACUCCGUCAGAACACACACUUUAUCAAGAGUGAUUUCGGAGUGUCGUUUGAAUCAUGAAAUUCAAAAAGUUAAAAAAAAUCUUGUGACAUUUCAAAAAUUGAACUGAUCCCUACGACACUCCGGGUGACGCGAUUUUGAACAAGCCUUGGUGUAGCUGCGGAGUAUCGUUGUGCCUGAGUAUAUAGUAAAUCAAAAAUCACAUACGACACUCCGCUUUCACACAGGAACCGUACCAAACCAACAUUCCAGGCUUGCGAUCCAACCCGAACCCAUCAUGCAACAUUCGAAGAAGACGGCGCCGAUUAUUUCGGCUAUCAUCUCAUCCACAAACUCUUCCAAACUUCAAACAUCGAGCGAAAGAGGAAAAUCGAUAGUAUCGACAGUUUGAAUAAGGAUCAACUAUUUUUCUAUGGCGCAGCUGCAUUGUUCUGCGAUACGGUGAGUUGUGUGAUUGCGGAGUGUCGUAGAAUUGUUUUUAGAAAGCCUUCACAAAUCGUCACCAUGCAGAUCAAAUGCAUACCAACGAAUAUCAACGAAUUAAUAGUUUGGCAUCACAAAUCGAAGGUUUUGCUAGCGCAUUUCAGUGUAAACUCACAGAUCGAAUGGUUCGCAAUCGGGUAGGUCAAGGUAUAUUCUUGCCACGUCAUAAAUCAGAUGUUUACAGGCCGAAACUUGUGACAUCUACGGCGGAACCGCUUCGAACAAGAGUCCUUCUGAUGGUUCAGAUAUCGAUGCUGAUUAUGAAAAUGAUCGAGAGGAAAAAUCAAAGGAGAAAAAGAGAAAAACCAAAACACAUCAUAAAAAAUCGAAAGAAAAUCAUCGGAGUGUAAAUGUGGAUUAUGAUCAUUCAGAUUACGAUUUCCGUCCUCCAGGUUAUUAUGUUGUAGAAGAGAUCGACUACAGUGACCUAGAGUAA